AAAAUGAUCGUCGCAGAGUGAUGACGUCAUUGGCAGCAGGGUUCAUAUAUCGUGUCCUCCUUGUUGCUUAACAGCACAUUUCUGAAAAGGUGUUACAGGCUCAAGUCUGUAGACUGAACCACUUACGAUUAAGCCUCACAAAAGUCAAACAUGGUCAAAGAAACUGGUUAUUAUGACAUAUUGGGAGUAAGUCCCAGUGCGACUCCAGAUGAACUGAAAAAAGCAUACCGCAAAAUGGCUUUGAAAUACCAUCCUGACAAAAACCCCACAGAGGGUGAGAAGUUCAAGCAGAUUUCACAGGCAUAUGAAGUGUUGUCAGAUGCUAAAAAAAGAGACUUGUAUGACCGAGGAGGUGAAAAGGCCAUCAAAGAAGGUGGCACUGGGGGAGGUGGGGGUUUUGCAUCCCCUAUGGACAUAUUUGAUAUGUUUUUUGGAGGUGGCAGCCGAAUGCACAGAGAGAGAAAAGGAAAGAAUAUUGUUCACCAGAUAAGUGUUUCUUUGGAGGACCUCUACAACGGUACAACAAGAAAACUUGCAGUCCAGAAGAAUAUGCUGUGUGAAAAAUGUGAAGGUCGUGGGAGUCGUAAAGGCGCAGCACAGACAUGUAUGUCCUGCCAGGGGACAGGUGUGCAAGUUCGAGUCCACCAGCUUCUGCCAGGGAUGGUCCAGCAGGUUUCCACCAUGUGUCCCCACUGCGAGGGCCGAGGGCAAAGGAUCAGUCAUAAGGACCGCUGCAAAACAUGUGCAGGCCGAAAGAUCCUGAGACAGAAGAAGAUCUUGGACGUUCAUAUUGACAAAGGAAUGAGAGAUGGACAAAAAAUAGUUUUUCAUGGAGAGGGAGACCAGGAGCCUGGAAUUGAGCCUGGUGAUAUAAUCUUUGUUCUUGACCAACAGGAGCAUCCGCGAUUCACCAGGAAGGGGCAGGACCUGGUAAUGUCUAUGGAGCUGCAGUUGGUCGAGGCUUUGUGUGGUUUUCAGAAACCUGUUCAAACUCUUGACAAUAGAACCCUUCUGAUCACCACUCCCAAAGGACGACUGAUUAAACCUGGAGACACUAAAUGUGUCCUGAAUGAAGGCAUGCCUCUUCACCGUAGACCUUUUGAAAAGGGAUGUCUUAUUAUCAACUUUUCUGUUGUGUUUCCACCAGCAAAUUUCCUCCCUAAGCAAAAACUGAAGGAGCUGGAGCGUUACUUUCCUCCAAAGAAAGAGGCUGAGCAGCCUGAGAUGAUGGAUGAUGACUUAUAUAUUUACGCAGACUUGGAGGAGUGUGACUUUGAAAACAGAAGAAGGCGCAAUAGCCACUAUUACUAUGUGGAUGAUGACGACUAUGCAAGUGGGGGAGGGGUCCAGUGUCAUACCUCUUAAAUCACCAGUUUAUUAAAGAGCCGUAAGUGUUGACAAAAGCACCUUUUAACAUAUUGAACAUAAUUGUCUUUUGAUCUUGUUUUUGAAACUUUUGUCAGAUCCUAACAGCUAUUUCAUAACACGUUGAUGUUAUGAAUGUUAUUGUAAUUGUUCUUUGUGAGAGCAAAGCGUAAUUACAUUCUAAGGACUAUUCUUAAAUCUAAAUUAGGUUUAGUGUAGUUUUAUUUUAUCUUCUUACACUGUGAUACAAGUGGUCUAUGUUCAAUAGACUUCUCAAAAAUCACUUGAGCAGGGCUGUUGCUUUGUUAUUCUUUUAUCCAGUAUGUUGCAUAAAAUGUAUGUCAAUAUUAAUAUUUAAAUUAUUGUAUGAUAAUGUCAAUGCAUAAUUGUGACAGAUGUUAAGCAAUGCAAUUUGAUGUGAGGGUUAAUUUUGUUUUCAAGGAUUUCUGCUGUUGUGUCAUUAUAGGGCUGCAAAUGAAUAACAAUCAUCUUAGAACAGUGUAGGUCAGAACCAGAUCUUUUGUCUUUUGUUUCAGCUGUUUUAUAUUGUUUUGCCAAAUUAUUUAUUCCAGUAAUGUAUCUUGGAAGUAUCGUGAAAAUCUUGCUGACCCUUUUUGGGCCUUUUUUCCGUGUCUAUGCUACAAAGGACCAAAAGUUUCAUUAGUGUUGUUAACUGCUCAAAAGCCAGUGUUUACCUGGUGCCUUGUUUAAAAUUGUUAAUAUUAAAUGUUAGUGCUUCAGUCAACAAAUAUGCCAAGCCACUAUAAUGUUUUUACUAUCAAGAUUGUUUAUAACGUUAAAUAUUGUUAUAAUGUUAUCUCUUGCCCAUUAAUAAUUCACAUUUUUUAUAAUGGCAUGCAAACUACUGAGUGUCUGUCUACUUUUCUUGCCCCAGCUGCCAAAUAAGCAUUGCUCUGGGACCCUUGUGUCUUGUUUUGAAGCAUUGUUAUCAUUUAAGGUUGAAAAAAAAAAUCAUAGUUUAUAAGUUAUGUAAAAUUUUACCUUUAUGCAACAAUUGUAUUUGUAAUUAAUGACCUUCUAAAUAAAUUCUGCCUAAUGUCUUGUUUUCAAA